CCAUUCUUGAAAUGUGAAAAUCGGAUUAUGCACUCCCGCCUGGAACAAAAUCGCAGAUAUAAAUCAGAAGUGGUGUCGCCGGUAGCCCUCAGUACAACAACCACGAUGCGCUUUUUGACUAUAGUCGUUCUGGCCCUUCCUCCUCUCUGCGUGUCUCAGCGCUGGCUCCCAUUCGAUCGCCCUCUUCCGUGUAUGACGAGGCCAGUUAGUCUGAUCAAUGCCGGUGAUACUCUGGAGUUUUAUCUAUCCAACUCUAGAAACUCAACCUGCGAGAUGACAAUCGAUUACUUUGACCCAGCAUUCCUACCUUAUUCGGUCACAGUCAAGCCGAAAAACUGUGCAGGAGACCAAAUGGCAAAUUACAGCAUCCCAUGUAAUUCGCCGAAUGGCUUGAUCUCCGUGUCCUGGCAAUGCGUAGGAAGUCAGGCCCUCUCUUGCUCCCUCCUGAAUAUUACAGGAGGCUCGGAAGACUACGAACAGCUACAAAUUGAGAUAUCUGAAGCAUUACCUCAGGUAACAUGCUUGAGGAACAUAAGUUCACUUCGCACAGAACCCACCGUUCUUACUAAUGGGUCUGGAUUGAUCCCAGAUUGUGCCGGGGACAACUAA